CAUCUCCUUCGCAACGCAAACCCACUUCUCUCCCACCACCGAAGACCGCCGCCUAUUCGUUCCUUUUCCAGUCGCCUCCCCUUCUCCGGUCUUUUGCUUCUCGCGAGGAGUUUUGGAUAGCGUGCCUGCCUCCAUGGCGCCGUCCCAGAUCCGCUUCGGCCACCAGAUCCCCUUCCCCAGCCCCGACACCGACGACGAGGAAGAGGAGGACGACGAGGACGAUGAAGUGGAGGAGGAGGAGGACGAGGACGAGGACGAGGAGGAGGAGUACGAAGAGGAGGCGGAGGGCGAGGUGCCGGUUUCGUCGCCGCUGAUGCUGCCGGCGGCGAGGGGGGGAGGAGGAGGAGGAGGAGGAGGAGGGGUGUCCGUGGUGGAGACGGUGGCGGCGGCGCUGCGGAGGUCGCUGCUGCUGUGCAGCAGCGUGCGCGCCGCGGAGGACGAAGGGUCCACCGCGGCGGCGGCGGCUUCUGCUGCUGCUAUGGGGAUGCAGAUUGGCCGUCCCACCGACGUGCGCCACGUCUCGCACGUCACCUUCGACCGCUUCGUGGGGUUCCUCGGCCUCCCCGCCGACCUCGAGCCCGACGUGCCCCGCCCCGCGCCUAGCGCCAGUGUGAGCGUAUUUGGGGUUUCACCAACGUCCAUGCAAUGCUCAUACGAUAGCAGAGGAAACAGUGUGCCAACAAUACUAUUAACCAUGCAGAGGAAGUUAUAUCAACUUGGGGGGCUUCAGGCUGAAGGAAUCUUCAGAAUAAAUGCAGACAAUAGUCAGGAACUACAUGUCAGGGAGCAACUAAACAUGGGUGUUGUUCCAGAUGGUGUUGACAUGCACUGUCUGACGGGCCUAAUAAAGGCAUGGUUUCGUGAACUUCCAAGUGGAGUAUUGGAUUCAUUGACUCCAGAACAAGUGAUGCACUGCAAUACGGAAGAGGAAUGUGCUCUCCUUGCGAGUACACUACCUCCAGUGGAAGCAGCACUACUUGAUUGGGCCAUCAAUCUUAUGGCAGAUGUUGUGGAACAUGAAAACUACAACAAAAUGAACGCUCGCAACAUUGCUAUGGUUUUUGCACCAAACAUGACUCAGAUGGCCGAUCCCUUGACUGCUUUGAUACAUGCAGUUCAAGUGAUGAAUUUUCUCAAAACACUUAUCUUGAAGACUGUGAAGGGCCGGGAAGAAACAGCUACGCCAGCAAGUGCAUUCCCAUCAAGCUCUGGUUCUCCAAGUGACAAAGACGAAUCUCAGCCAUUAGAGCAUUUGGACCGGCCCACAGUUUGUUCAAGUCAGCAAAAUAAUGAUUGUCCUAUGAUUAGUGGAGCUACUCUUGAUCACUUCCUCUUUAAAGCAGAAGCAUUGCAUCAUAACGAUGCGCAAGGUAGUGCUGGACGACCUAAGAAACGCGACAAUAAGGACCAUGGACUACCUAAGAAACGCGACAAUAAGGACCAUGACAACGGCAGCAGAGAAUUUUCUCCUGUAGAUAGUGAUUCAAGCAGCGAAACCAACAGUUCUACAAGCAAAUUCAGUAACGACAACGUGGAAGGUUUAUUUGACAGAUUUAAAUUCCGGAAAGGAGUAGGGAGGCUGUGCAGACACCCUGUUUUCCAGUUGAGUAGGUCCAUGAAGAAGUCAGGUGAAGCGGGACAAGCCUGUGUAUGAUACGUUAGAGUGUGUAGCGGAUAGUUGCUAUUGUUUUUGCAGGUGUGUUUACUCAGCAUUUCAUCAACCAUUGCCCUAGAUUGCGGGAGUAGAAGCUGUCAGCCAAUUUGAUAUUAGUACUGAACUACUGAUGUCGAGUUCCUACCUGUAUAUUUCAAAUAUUCAUUUCUGACCAUUUUGUACGUUGCCAUCGUUACAUUCGGUUUUUACUUGUUAUUACUGACAGAAGCAAGAGUAAAACCUUCAGUCUUUCAGGUUCUCUCCCUCACUCC